AUGGCUGUCGGAAAGAACAAGAGGCUCUCGAAGGGCAAGAAGGGCCUUAAGAAGAAGACGCAAGACCCCUUCUCUCGAAAGGAUUGGUACUCGAUCAAGGCGCCUUCGCCCUUCAAUGUUCGGGACGUUGGAAAAACCUUGGUCAACCGAACUACUGGUCUGAAGAAUGCCAACGACGCGCUGAAGGGACGAGUACUCGAGGUGUCGCUCGCCGAUCUACAGAAGGAUGAGGAUCACUCGUUCCGCAAGGUCCGACUUCGAGUCGACGAGAUCCAGGGAAAGAACUGCCUGACGAACUUCCACGGCCUCGAUUUCACUACCGAUAAGCUGCGAUCCCUUGUCCGAAAGUGGCAAACUCUGAUCGAGGCGAAUAUUACCGUCAAGACGACCGACGACUACCUUCUCCGACUUUUCGCCAUCGCCUUCACCAAGCGCCGCCCCAACCAAGUGAAGAAGACGACCUACGCCGCUACCUCCCAAAUCCGUGCCAUUCGCCGAAAGAUGAUGGAAAUCAUGCAGCGCGAGGCCUCGAGCUGCACCUUGACCCAACUCACCGCCAAGCUCAUUCCCGAGGUAAUUGGAAGGGAAAUUGAGAAGUCCACUCAGGGAAUCUACCCUCUCCAGAAUGUUCACAUCCGCAAGGUGAAGCUACUGAAGCAGCCUAAGUUCGACCUCGGUGCUUUGAUGGCCCUCCAUGGCGAGUCUGCCACCGACGAGAAGGGUCAACGGGUUGACCGCGAGUUCCAGGAGCGUGUGCUAGAGGAGGUAUGA